UGUUAAGUUUUCACUGUGUAAGUUUAAUACUUUUAUAAAAAGAGUAUUUUUGUAAAAGAAUCUGUGUAGCAGUAAAAUUAUAAACUUUUGACCAAAAUCCAGUAUUUUUGUAAAAAAAACCCUUAUUAUGGCCGUGGAGGAUGUACAAAUGAGCCCAACGCCCAAUUAAAGACGAAAUUGGGCUAGUAUGGGCCUUGGCUUGGUAGGCGGUCCACAACACACAUUCUGGCGCGAAUCCCAAGAUUUCUGUACCAAUCUUCUUCUUCUUCGAUCUCAGUCUCCAUAAUUCAACAGUCAUUUUUUUUUUGACCUUAUCUUAAUAUCUAUGCUUAAUUUAUCUAUAUAUCCAUUUUUGUAUUAUUUUUUUUUUUCUUUCUUUCUUUCUGAAAUCUAAGUUGUCGAUUUUCCAUUCCCAUUCAGUAUGAGGAGCCAAGAUCAGCACCAACAGCACCAUCAUAACCAAUCUAGGGUUUUCUACGAGCUCAGUUCUAUGAUCUUUCACAUCCUCAAAUCCCCCCCUUUAUCCAAUCCCUUCACCAACGGAAGAAUCGGAACGACGUCGUCUUCUCCUUCAUCGUCAUCAUCAUCAUCAUCAUCGCGGGUGGCUUCGACAUCCUCAUCGAGACAAGCAUCGACGUUUUCGCAAGUCUCUAGCCCAACAGCUUUCGCUUCUCUGUUUCUAGGGAUUUCGUUGGCUCUGAUGCUAUUCGGAUCCGUGACAUUUGUGAUUGGCUUCUUUUUGAUGCCUCUGGUUAUGGGUUUGGUCUUGCUAUUCUACGCCGUUGAGGUUCUUUUCAAUUUGUCCGAAUUGGGUCGCUCCAUUCUUUGCCCUGCUUCCUCUUACCGCGAUGUCCCUGAUUGGAAUUUUUCUUGAAGGGAAGUGAUCUUUGUCGUUGUUAAGGUUAGAUCAUGCGUUUAUGGAAGAAGUUCAUACACUUUAUUAACACCAUUGUGUUAAUUUUGAUAUGUUUAUUUAAUUGUUAUGUAUUUUCUGUUCUCAACUAUGGAUUAUGUAAAAACUUGAAUUGGGUUUCUCUAAUUUUUGUUUGUAGAUUAUGAAAGUCUCUUACUUUCUUAGUCUUAAUAUUAGAGAAAGAGAAACUCCGAAUAGUGAUUAGUGUCAACUUGUUGAGCUUAAUUAUAAUAUGUUCAAUAAAUUCAUUUUGGCAUUAUUAUCAAA